AGUGUAUCAUGCUCGCAAAUUAUGAAUCUCGAAUAAAGUUUUUACUUUCUUUAGUGAAUAUUCUUCAAUCAAAUGUUAAUAGAGUUCUAAAGUGUACGAUAUUCAAAAGAACAAUUUCAAAAUGUUAGCACAAUCAGUUGCAUUCAAUUUAAUCGUUAUCCUUUUGUUGAAUACAGUUUAUUGUGAAAAGCAAGCGUUUAAAUUCGAUACGUUUGGUUAUUGCCUGAAGCAAAAUGAUAAAGCAAAUAUAGUUAAAUGUGCUGGACAGCAAAUGUUGGAAACAUUAGAAACGUUUAAUAACAUGGAGAACUUUACCAUAACAAAUGGUUUAGUGUUGUCACGAGACGAUAGCGUCAUGGGACGGAGUAAUCCGAUAAACUUCUUAGAGCAAGAUCCAAGUGAUAUAAGGACAUUGCUUGAGAAUGCAGGACUUGCUGUCAGCCAUAGGUCACUGCAGUACAAUAUGGGACGACUUUAUCCGGGACUACAGCUACGAAUAGGACCAACAAUGAAUGGUGGUAUGCUUGAGUUCAUUGUAGAUCCGGAAAGUCAAUAUGAUGAGAGAUCACAUCUGGUCCAUGAAGAGUCAACAGCUCGCGUGGUGACGAGAAAGUUUGUUCUUCCUUUUCUUUUGGGACUUAAAUUCAAUUUAGCAACAUUGUUGCCACUAAUUUUGGGAGCAAUUAUCUUAAUAAGUAAAAAGGCAGCAUUCCUGUCAAAACUUGCUUUGUUUAUAUCCGGUUUAUUUGGAGCUGGUGGAUUAUAUGCUCUCGGUGGUGGAUUGGGAGGACAUGAAUAUGCACACAGCUAUGGAUAUCGACCUGUAUAUGCUGACACAGUCCAUCAUCAACAACAGUUUGCUUCUCCAUAUAAAAUUGUAGAACACAAUACACCGAGGGACGAACGUCCAGAAGACAGUUUUUAUGACUAUGAAACAAAACUGCUGUUAAAAGAUAGAACAGCAAGAUUAUAUGAACGUGAAGUUGACCAUGACAAGCACACAAAAUCGAGAUCUAACCAAAGAAAUUUUGUUUGGCACACGAGUUCUAAUUCGAAUUGAAAUUGCUGUAUUUGAGGUUUCUGGAACUUAUUGUCUCUUGUGGAUUGUUGAAUGAACUUUCUUUGAUGAGUAAAUAAAAAAUUUAAUUUAAUUCCCAAGAUUUUAU